AUGGCGAUCAAGUGGCAACCCCCGGAUGGUGCGUUUUCACACACCCUUGGUAAAGCCGGAGGGGGAGGAAUUGUCCGUGACUUAGCGGGAAAGAUGUUAGUCGCCUUCGCUACACCACUCCAAGCACAUUCGGCCCUUGAGGCCGAGCUCAAGGCUAUUCACCACGGCCUAAUCUUGGCAAAGGAGUUCAACCAUCCAAUAUGGCUCGAGGUGGAUUGCGAACAAGCGCUCAACCUUCUAAAUGGUGUAAGUUGGGGGCCGCCUCAAGUUAGACACGAUGUAGCUCGACUAAUCGUCCUCAAACGCCAAAUAACCUUACGCGCAUCCUUUAUCCAUCGGGAAGGUAACAAUGUGGUUGAUUCCCUCGCAAAAAUGGGCACCGAAAAAACAGAUUACCAACGCAUGACAGCUAGCUCAGCCCCUCGGCUAGUGAGGGCCAUGGUACGCAUGGAGGAGAUGGGAAUGCCUAAUAUCCGAAUCCGUGGAGAAGACCCGACCUAG